GUUGUUAAUCUUAUAUCACAGUCACGCUAUUGUUAAUUCAUAAAAAUAGUAUCUAAAAUGUAACUUAUAAUAGUGUAUUAUCGUCACAAUUUAGCUGGAUAAGCUGUAUAAGGAAUAAAGAAUGAUCAACCUUAUUGCACUCAUCUUAAUUAAAUUCAUGUUACUUCAGAGACUGCUAGCAUUAGGUGAAAACAAAACCUGUGUAAACAACUGUACUUGUGAUUGGGAGAGUAACACUGUUGACUGUAGUUCUAGGAAACUUAAUGCGAUUCCAAAUUUUGGUUCCAGUUCAGCAACUAUUCAAUUCCUUGAUCUAUCCCACAAUGUUAUCGAGACUCUUCAAAGUGAGAGCUUUCGGAAAUUUACAAAUUUGACGUCGUUACAUUUAGAAUUCAACAAAAUAUCGGAAGUAGAAGAAGGUGCAUUUAGAUAUUUGACAAAAUUGACUGAUUUGAGGAUAAAUAAGAACAUACUUACUGUAAUUAAACCGGGAAUAUUUGUUAAUCUAAAAAUAGAAAACCUGUAUCUAGGUGACAAUAAAAUAGAACACAUAGAAAAUAAUGCAUUCUCAAAUCUUUCUAAUCUUGAAUUUAUAGAUUUGAAUAACAAUUUUCUUUCAACAAUACGUGAAAAUUCAUUUAGUAUUCUUCCAUCACUAAAGGACUUUUACAUAGAAAACAAUCGCUUAACUACAGUGCCGACUUCAUUUUUCUCUCGAACUCCUCGGUUAGAUUUUUUAGUGAUGAACAAUAAUUCGAUAUCAGCAAUAGAUAAAUAUGCAUUUAAAAAUUGUUUGAAGUUAAAGAAAUUGCAUUUAACAGGUAAUACAAUUAAAACGAUUCACCCUAAAGGAUUUAGUAUUCCAGCAGGAAAUUCGACUGUUCAACCAUUAAACCUGGUGUAUCUUCAUAUGGCCAACAACAUGUUAGAAGAUGUACCACCAGCAAUACAGUCUAUACCUUCUUUGUCUUAUCUUGACCUCAGCAUGAAUGUAUUUAAGUCCGUGCGCUCAUCUGCUUUUGUCUCACUUUACCGUCUUAAGAGUUUGCACUUGUCACGCAUUGAGGAUUUAGAAUACAUUGAAUCAAAAGGAUUUGCUGGUCUUGUGGCACUAACACAACUCUUUAUGACAAACAACAGAAAACUUCGCGACAUACCAAUAGAUGCAUUUCCUGAUUCAUACAAGCUGCAAACCAUUUUUCUCGAGGGUAAUGCUCUUCGGACCUUACAUGAGCGUAUGCUUAACUGGGACAAUUUGAAAAUCUUAAAAAUAGGCCAAAACAAUUUUUCCUGUUCGUGUGAUUUAAUUUGGAUAAAGACAAGUAAACUGUUACAAAAAAGUGGCACGCGGCAGACUCUCGAAAAAGCAACAUGUUCACUGAAUAGACAGACAAAAUAUAUAUUAAAACUGAAUACAGUUGAAAUGAAAUGCCCGAUCACACAGACGUCACAUAAUGACGCAAAAUCGCGUUUAAUCACAGGGCUUAUUGCUGCUAGCAUAGCUUCAUGUGCGCUUAUCGUGUGCCUUGUAUUGAUCUCAUGUAGACGGAAUGUCUACAGCAAAUACAUACUGUUUAAAUAUCACAGACAUCGAGACGAGGCACUGUUUACAGUUGAAGACCCCAAGUCUAAAACAAAAAUGUUUUCGAAUAAAUCCUUGAUCCGAAAUGAACGCUCAAGAGAGGAAACAUUGAUGUAAAACACGUGGAAUAUAUAGAAAGUGAUACUAUAAGUUUUACAUGGUGCUGUAGUUUUUUUUUGGUUUUUUUUUUACUAAUGCAUGUCAAAAACUAAUUGAUGCAGUAGCAGUUUUAUUAGAGCUUGUUGACCUAUAUCGAAACUUAUGUUGCAAUGACAAUAUUCCUAAUGUAUUUUCUCAAUCUGCUUCCGUUUAACAUCUAUAAUGAUGUUCCCUGCAUUAUUACUGUUAAUUUCGAAGAGGUAGCAUGCCAACACGGAGGAUCUUCUUUUAUACAAGUCUUACUCUAAAGUUAACAUAUAAUCCCGAUGCUCUAUCAAUAAAACACUGAAGAUCCAUUUUAUAUAUAUAUAAAUAAGAAAAUGUGGUAUGAUUGCCAAUGAGACAACUUUCCACCAAAGUUCAAAUAGAGUUGAUGUAAGCAAUUAUAGGCAACCGUACAGCCUUCAACAAUGAGAAAAACUCAUACCGUAUAGACUUCUUUUGUCAAUCUUUUCUUGUACAUCUUUUUAAAAUGUACAUUUGAAUGAUCCAUAGGUGAUCUGAUAAUGAUCCUACCCAAAAUUAAGUAUUUACUUUAUCGUCGGUUGAAGUCCAAGAUAAACAUGUUACCAUUUGUAGCUGCAAAAUAGGCAACACAAACUUUAGCAGGAGUGACCUUCGUGUAUUCUUUAAGAUUGUUGAUUCAAAAGUCCCAUUUUUUCCACUAGUGUGUUCAUUAUAUAAACUUAUGUCAUAAUUCCAGGAAACGAUAUCCACUUGUGGCAUUUAAGUAUUCACAUUAAAGAUGCUUAU